GGAAAAAUCAGUCGGUGUUUGAUCACGGUCGCAUGAGAAGCAUUUUUUUCUCCAAAUCAAAGGAAUACUCUAUCCGUGUUAUUUUCUUGUUUGAAUUUUUGGAAAUUCCCAAUCAACCAAAACCUUAUCACUCAAAAUGGUUCAUUUAGUUGAAAGUGUGGCUGAUUUCGAUGAACAGAUCAAGAAUGCUGGUGACAAAUUGGUCGUUGUUGACUUCUUUGCCACUUGGUGCGGCCCAUGCAAAGUGAUUGCCCCAGUUUUGGAGAAAUUGGCCCAACAAUAUGCUUCAAAUCUCGUCGUUGUUAAGGUCGAUGUUGACGAAUGCGAGGAUUUGGCCAUGCGAUUCGAUAUCUCCAGCAUGCCAACAUUCGUGUUCUUGAAGAAGGGCGAGAAAGUCGAAGUUUUCUCCGGAGCGAACCCAGACAAACUCGAGAAGACCAUCGUUCAAUACCUUAACUAAGCGCCCAAAUGAAUAUUUUCCAUUAACUCCCCCUAUCUUAUUCUUCUUCUUCUUUUUUUUAAAUUGUUUUUAAUACACAAAGUAGUUCUAAUGGUUUGAUUUUACAUUUACUAGCAAGCACAUUGUAAUUUAAUUCCAAACAUCGAAUUUUAUUUUGCCAUCGUUGUACUGAACUUCAAGCUAAUGAACAAUAAUCUGUAUGGUCACCACCCAGAACCAUUAUAUAGUUUUUUUCCUUUCGAGUAAGCAAACCGCCUGGAGUUUCGUGUAAAUGCUUUAUGUAACAAUAAAAAAUGAGAGAGAAAAAAACAAUUAUUUGAAAAUAUACGAUGAAAAUAUUCAUAUGGAA